AUGACGACUGGCAGGCCUGGAGGGACCUCGACCUUCCAAUGGGAUCCCCUGGAGGUACGCAAGCGUACGAGUGAACUGCUAGGCUGCGAGGUGAAGGGGUUGAUAGAGGACUCUGACGCGGAGACGGGGCCUGCGCCGCCGUCCGGCAGCACGGCGGCGGCCCCGAAGGCCGCGUGGACGACGCCGGCGGCGAGCCCGGCGCGGCCGCGGGCGACGAAGCUGGAGACGGCGACGAAGCUGGAGACGGGGGAGGCACCAAGUCUGGAUUCCUUGGUGAGCAGUGAACUGGUGAUGCAGUGCAACUACGCCUUUGAACAGCUUCAUCGAAAAGCCAUUGCAGAUAUCGAGGAGGGCAUCCAGCUGUACUUCGAGCCUCCCGGCAGCACUUUUCCCACUGCAGCGCAGCAGAGCGCCAUGCGCGCCUGGAGGGCGCUACGCUUGAAGCAUCAGCGAGUGCCCAAGAUGCAAUCGCCAUGGGAACCCAAAGCGGUGGAGCGACAGGUGCGUCACUUGCGCCGCGCCUACUCCUGCAGCAGCGCGCAGCUGCCUGGCGCAGCCACGGCGGCACAACGAGGCGAGUUGUAUCACCGCGAGGAUCCCUCGCAACUUCCAAAGGAAUCCACGCUUCCUGGCAUGGCCGUACUGCGCCGCCUGGGCCUAGACCAGCGCUUGGGUGCUCGCGGGAGUGGCCAUGCUGAGCGCGGGGCGGAUAGGAAAGUGGUCGAGGGAUGGCUAAGGCAGCUGGCUGAGGACUAUCCCGAGGAUUUCUGCAACUUGUCUACAGGAAACGACCUGCUGAAAGAUGUCGCCGCAUUGGUGGCGCAAGAAGAUUGCAACCCUGAGAAUGCGCAGAUCUGCUCAGCCAUCUUUGGCUGGGACCAGCUGCGGGUGAAGGACAGAGGGGCGUCCCUGCAGCUCAGUGGAGAUUUGGUCUCCAACUGGUGGGUCAUGAGGGCUCGCCGGGAUUUCGUCGAGACCUUGGACGAGAGCCGCGUCUAUGCCUUUAGCAUCAGCUCACCUGUGGCCAAGUACCAGCGACGGAAACUGUUUGCAUCGUCCAAUGAAGAGUUGGUGGAAGAAUGGCCUGGAAACUCAGAAGAUGAGAUGAUGGAGUUCCUCGCGAUCCAUUUGAAAAAAGUGACAUCAUACAUCAUCAAUAUGGCCCAGAUUGGGGAAAUCUUCUGA